AAAAUAAUUUAACUGAAAAUUUCUCGGUAGGAGAAAAAGAACAGACGAAAAGCCAAACAAUUAAUUGUUGUGAUUUAACCAGUUUUUUACUAGGGACGGCCGUGGCUCAACAAUUUUGUAUGGAAGCCAUCAACCUUACUGCUAAGUAUUUUCGCGACUGUAAACAGUUCUGUGAAAAUUGUCUCCAAAAACAAUAUCCACAGCCGGUCUACAAUCCCGUUUCUGAACAAUUCUCGGCCUAUCUUGCCGUCGAAGAAAGAAAAAAUUAA